AUGGGUGUCAGUCUAUCCGAGCUGUUUGCGCUGGGCCCUGCGGCAACUCGUCGCGAGCAACGCACAAAUGAUUCCGACCUCGCACACCCCGACGCGCUAUCCAAGAAACGCAGGAUAAUCGAGAACCUUAACUUUCCCCCAACUCACGCCGCAUUCGACUCCAAUGCGCUCGCGCCCCCGUCCGCGAACCCAUUCGUUCCCUCCGCCACUCCCGCCGCCGCCGCUGCCGCAGAAAGCGCGCCCAAGCAGAUAGACUUCUUCAAGGCGCGGGAAGAUACGGAUGCGCUACCCGGGGCAGAAGAAGCUUCCAACAGGCCGUCGUUGAGCGAUCUGGGAGAGGAUCUCCUGUUGAAGAUUCUGCAGGAGGGACAACCGACAGCAUGGGAUCUGUGUCGCUAUGCGUGCGUGAACGCCACGUGGCGGAAGCUGUGCUACAGCCGGGUGUUCUGGACCAAGCUGCGCAUCGGCCCGGGCAGCAUGCAUGCGGGCGUCGAGCAAUUAGCGCCGCGUUGCGCGCAGCUGACGGAUUUAUUCAUCGACGACCCGCGCUGCGAGCUGCACGUGCUGCACCCGAUUAUAGUCUCUGAUAUUUUCCUCGCGAUCACAGAGAACCCCAUUCCCGUCGCCAUUCCUCUCACCCCUCUCAUCGCCCACUAUGCUAUCCACGAGUUCGCCAAAUCGCCCACCCGUCUCCCUUUCCCUCGCCCGUCACGUCACCAUCUCGUCGCCCGUCCCGUCGCCCUCUUCGUCGCCCUCUCUCCCCCCCUCUCCUCCCGUCGGCCUCUCUCUCGCCCCUCCCUACCGAUCGCCCUCCCGUCGCUCGCCCCGUCGCGCUCUCUCUCUCCGCUCCCUUCCCGUCGCCCUCUCUCUCGCCCCUCCCUUCCCGUCGCGCUCUCUCUCUUCGCGCCCUUCCCGUCGCCCUCUCUCUCGCCCCUCCCUUCCCAUCGCUCUCUCUCUCUCUCCGCUCCGCCCUCUCUCUCGCUCCUCCUUCGAAUCGCGCUCUCUCUCCGCUCCCUUCCCGUCGGCCUCUCUCUCCGCUCCCUUCCCGUCGCGCUCUCUCUCUCCGCUCCCUUCCCCUCGCCCUCUCUCUCGCCCCUCCCUUCCUGUCGCGCUCUCUCUCACCGCUCCCUUUCCGUCGCCCUCUCUCUCGCCCCUCCCUUCCCGUCGCGCUCUCUCUCUCCGCUCCCUUCCCAUGGCCCUCUCUCUCGCCCCUCCCUUCCUGUCGCGAUCUCUCUCUCCGCUCCCUUCCCGUCGCCCUCUCUCUCGCCCCUCCUACCCGUCGCGCUCUCUCUCUCCGCGCCCUUCCCGUCGCCCUCUCUCUCGCCCCUCCCUUCCCAUCGCGUUCUCUCUCUCCGCUCCGCCCUCUCUCUCCGCUCCGCCCUCUCUCUCGCUCCUCCCUUCGAAUCACGCUCUCUCUCCGCUCCCUUCCCGUCGCGCUCUCUCUCUCCGCUCCCUUCCCAUUGCCCUCUCUCUUUCUGCUCCCUUCCCAUCCUCCCUUCUCGCUCGCCUCGAAUAGCCCUCCCGGGGACCUUCGACUCUCCCAUCACGUAUGCCCUCCUUUCUCCGUCGCCUCUCUCGUUCUCCCUCUGCUAUCGUGUCAGCGCGACCCAUUCCGUACUCUGUUAUUGUGUUUGGUUUGUUUGUUUUUUCUGUCUUUCCAUCUACUGGUACUCUCGACACCCUCUCUCCCGCCGCCUAUCCUCUCUCCCGUCGCCUAUCUUUUCUCCCGUCGCCCUCCCGUUUCCCGUCGCCCUCCCGUUUCCCGCCCCCCUCCCGUUUCCCGUCGCCCUCCCUUUUCCCGUCGCCCUCCCGUUUCCCGUCGCCCUCGCGUUUCCCGUCGCCCUCCCGUUUCCCGUCGCCCUCCCGUUUCCCGUCGCCCUCCCGUUUCCCGUCGCCCUCCCUUCUUCCGUCGCCCUCCCUUUUCCCGUCGCCCUCGCGUUUCCCGUCGCCCUCGCGUUUCCCGUCGCCCUCGCGUUUCCCGUCGCCCUCCCGUUUCCCGUCGCCCUCCCGUUUCCCGUCGCCCUCGCGUUUCCCGUCGCCCUCCCGCUUCCCGUCGCCCUCCCGUUUCCCGUCACCCCCCUUCUUCGGUCGCCCUCCCGUUUCCCGUCGCCCCCCUUCUUCCGUCGCCCUCCCGUUUCCUACGCCCUCCCUUCCCGUCGCCCUCCCGUUUCCCGUCGCCCUCCCUCUUUCUCUUCAUUCGCUUCACCUUGCCCAUCGUAA